CCCGCAGCGCGGCCAGGCCACCGGCCAGCCCCUCUGCCCCCCCUCUCGCUUCUUUUUUCUUCUUUUUCUUUUCCGUUUUUAAAACUAUUUUUUCCGUUAAAACUUCCCGUUGAAACCCGGUUGACCGGUCACGCGCCCCCGCCCCCCGCCCCCCCCUCGCCGGACAAGACCGGACGGACCACCGGAUUACCGACUUCCGCGCCGAGCCGCUCCGCCCUGUGGCGGGCCUCGACUGCUCCGCGUUUACCGGCGGUCAGAUCGACCGGACGGUGACGUCAUCACCGGGGAAAAGUUUGUUGCACCGGAGGAGACGACGCUCGUGGAGUGGGCGGAGCUACGUGAUGACGGGUGCCUCGGUGAAAGUGGCGGUGAGAGUCCGUCCGUUCAACUCCAGAGAGACGGGACGCCACGCCAAGUGUGUGAUCCAGAUGCAGGGGGACACCACCUGUAUCUCAAACCCCAAACAGCUUAAAGAUGGAGCCAAGAACUUCACCUUCGACUAUUCCUACUGGUCACACACAACGGAGGACCCCAGCUUUGCGUGUCAGAAGCAGGUGUAUAAGGACAUCGGAGAGGAGAUGCUGCUUCACGCCUUUGAAGGAUACAACGUGUGCAUCUUUGCGUACGGCCAGACGGGAGGAGGCAAGAGCUACACCAUGAUGGGCAAGCAGGAGCCGGGGCAGGAGGGCAUCACCCCUCAGCUGUGUGAGGACCUGUUCCAGAGAACUGGAGGAAACUCUGACCCUAACCUGAACUACACCGUGGAGGUGUCCUACAUGGAGAUCUACUGUGAGCGGGUGCGUGACCUCCUGACCCCUAAGUCCCAGGGCACCCUGCGGGUGAGGGAGCACCCCAUCCUGGGCCCCUACGUGGAGGACCUGUCCAAGCUGGCCGUCAGCGGCCUCGGGGACAUCCGGGACCUCAUGGACGCCGGCAACAAGGCCCGGACGGUGGCCGCCACCAACAUGAACGAGAUGUCGUCGCGCUCGCACGCCGUCUUCACCAUCGUGUUCACGCAGCGGCGCCACGACCAGCUCACGGGCCUGGACACGGAGAAGGUCAGUAAGAUCAGUCUGGUGGACCUGGCAGGAAGUGAGCGGGCGGACUCCUCGGGGGCAAAGGGCACGCGGCUCAAGGAAGGAGCGAAUAUCAACAAGUCUCUGACCACGCUGGGGAAGGUGAUCUCUGCCCUGGCCGACAUGAGCAACAAGAAGAGGAAGAGUGACUUCAUCCCCUACAGAGACUCAGUCCUCACCUGGCUGCUGAAGGAGAACCUGGGGGGGAACUCUCGGACCGCCAUGAUCGCUGCUCUCAGUCCGGCUGACAUCAACUACGAAGAAACCCUGAGCACCCUGAGGUACGCUGACCGUGCAAAGCAGAUCCGCUGCCACGCCGUCAUCAACGAAGAUCCAAACGCCAAACUGAUCCGGGAGCUGAAGGGGGAGGUGGAGCGGCUGAGGAGCCUGCUGUUCUCCCAGGGCCUGCAGGAGCUGCUGGACCACGGCAGCAGCAGCCACGCUGGGGCUCCAGCUGCCUCCUCCUCCUCCCGGCUGCAGCUGGCUCUCACAGCCAAUGGGGUCGCUCCUCAGAAUGGCUCCGCCCCUCAAGAUGACGAGCCGGUGGCCAACGGGGACGGACACCUGAUGGAGGACGGAGAGGAGGCGGUCGCCACGGAACCCAUCAGCAAAGAGGAAGCGGCCGAGCGACUGCUGGAAACAGAAAAAAUCAUCGCAGAGCUGAACGAGACCUGGGAGGAUAAACUACGCAAGACCGAGUCCAUCCGGCUGCAGAGGGAGUCCCUGCUGGCGGAGAUGGGCGUGUCCAUCAAGGAGGACGGGGGGACGCUGGGCGUCUUCUCCCCUAAAGGAACGCCUCACCUGGUCAACCUGAACGAGGACCCCCUGAUGUCCGAGUGCCUCCUGUACUACAUCAAGGAGGGCUUCACCAGGGUGGGACAGCAGGACGUGGACAUCAAGCUGUCAGGGGACUUCAUCAAGGAGAUCCACUGUGUGUUCGUCAGUGAGACCAACGACCAGGGAGAAGUGGUGGUGACCCUGGAGCCGCUGGUGGGAGCAGAGACCUACGUCAACGGGAAGGAAAUCGCUGACGCUGUGGUCCUCAAGCAAGGGCACCGCAUCGUGAUGGGGAAGAACCACGUGUUCCGGUUCAACCACCCGGAGCAGGCCAGGCUGGAGCGGGAGCGCAGCGCCACGGCCGACCAGCAGGGGGAGCCAGAGGACUGGAACUACGCCCAGAGGGAGCUGCUGGAGAAGCAGGGCAUCGACAUCAAGCUGGAGAUGGACCAGAGGCUGCAGGACAUGGAGUUUCAGUACCGGAGGGAGAAGGAAGAAGCUGAUCUGCUGCUGGAGCAACACCGACUGUAUGCAGACAGUGACAGCGGAGACGACUCAGACAAACGCUCCUGUGAGGAGAGCUGGAGGCUGAUCUCCUCCCUGAGGGAGAAGCUGCCUGCCAACAAGGUGCGCUCCAUCGUGCAGCGCUGUGGUCUCCCCAGCAGUGGGAAGAGGAGGGAGCCUCUCCGGGUCUACCAGAUCCCCCAGAGGAGGAGGAUCAGCAAAGACCCCCAGAGGGUCACCAUGGAGGACCUGCACCUGCAGGCCGUGAAGGAGAUCUGCUACGAGGUGGCGCUGGGGGACUUCCGGCAGACCCAGCAGGAGAUCGAGGCUCUGGCCGUGGUGAAGAUGAAGGAGCUGAGCCGCAUGUACGUGAAGAAGGACGAGACUGACGGCUGGAGGGCCGUGAGCCAGGAGGUGUGCCACACGGUGGGCAUCGGGGACCCCCGGAGCCCCGCCCCCCCGGAGGAGGAGGAGGAGGGGGGCGGGGGGGGGGGCUACGACCUCAAGGCCCACAUCGACAAGCUGACCGACAUCCUGGAGGAGGUGAAGCUGCAGAACAACAUGAAGGACGAGGAGAUCAAAGCUCUGAGAGACCGGAUGAUCAAGAUGGAGAGCAUCAUACCUGUCCAGAAUGACGCUGAUGAUGAAGAGGAGGGGGGGUCUCCCCAGAGGGUGGAGGAAGAGGAGGGGGAGGGGGAGGAGGAGGGGGCGGCGGGCGACGCCCCCCGGCAGCCGGAGGUGCGGGUGAAGCUGCUGAUGGACGGGGACCCGGCCUUCAGGAGAGGGCGCCUCCGCUGGCUGAAGCAGGAACAGCAGCGGCUCGUCAACCUGCAGCAGCAGAGCAUCGCCAAGAGGCUGAGGGACCAGGGCCAGGGCCAGAACCAGGGCCAGAACCCCCCCGUGGUCCCGAUCCACCUCCCCGGGACCGGGCGCUUCAUCCCCCCCCAGGAGUGCAGGCUCAAGUUCCCCUUCAAGAGUAACCCCGCCCACCGGCUGUCGUGGGGCCCGGCGAGCGCCGCCCUGCAGGCUUUGGGUCUGGGGGGGGACUGGGGGGAGGAGGGGGGGGGAGGGGGCGGAGCUUCCUCAUCGCCGCCCCCCCCUCAGGGUCCCGCUCUCUUGCCCCUCCCCUUUCCAGCUCCGCCCCCGCGCACCCCCAGCCCUCAUCGCACGUGGCAACAACGCAACCAUGGUAUCCACGGCAACCAGGGCAACCAUGGUAUCCAUGGUAACCACGGCAACCAGGGCAACCAUGGUAUCCAUGGUAACUUCUACCAGCAGGGCAACAACCCAAACCAGCAGCAGCGCCGCCGCCGCCGCAACUCCCUGGACAGCUCCGCCCACAGCGGCAGUAGCUCCGCCCACGAGGGGCGACCGAGACAGAGGAGGGGGGCGUCGCCCGGGCCUGGUGGUGAGAGAGGAGGGGGGAGAGAUGGAGGCUUCCAUUAUAGUCCUCACCAGCUCCACCCCUACUACAGCCCCCACAAUGCACCAUUCCAGCCGGGGCCAUACCCCCACUACCACAGCCUGCCGCGCCCAGGGGGCCCGCCCCCUUUCGCUGACAUGCUAAUGGGGGCGGGGCUACCGCUGCCGCCACCACCGGGUGGGUGGGGCUUCACCACGCCGCCCAGGAUGAGACGGCAGUUCAGUGCCCCGGACCUCAAGAGCAACAAGGAGACGCCCAUGUGACCCGACGGAGCGCUCUGAUUGGCUGCAGGACGCACACGAUGCUGGAGAGAGGACUGUGUGUGUGUGUGUGUGUUUGGUAAGUGUGUGGUACUAAGGUGCCUUAAAGCUACUGUUAGCAGAAGUCUCUUGUUGUUGUUGUUGACUUAAAGAUGAAGUGCGAUAGCUUCAUGCUAGUCAGUUAGCUGUUCGUGCUAACUAUUAGCUUAGCUUACCCGAGGCAGCGUUCAUGUGGACUUGGCGUCUCUGGGUUUUUUACAUUUCAACAUACUCGAAGCUCGUAUUUACUGCGUGACCCUGAACGCUGCGCGGUGUGCUACCCAACCAAAGAUGGCCGCUCUGCGGCGCCUCCUGCUGGCGGCUGAGAGGAGGAGCCUCGUGUGUGAAGUGUUUAUGAAGAGGAAUUAUACGUGGGACAUGUAGGAAGUGGUGCAUCAUGGGAGAUGUAGGAAGUGGUGCCUCAUGGGAGAUGUAGGAAGUGGUGCAUCAUGGGAGAUGUAGGAUGUGGUGCAUCAUGGGAGAUGUAGGAAGUGAUGCCUCAUGGGAGAUGUAGGAAGUGAUGCCUCAUGGGAGAUGUAGGAAGUGGUGCCUCAUGGGAGAUGUAGGAAGUGGUGCAUCAUGGGAGAUGUAGGAUGUGGUGCAUCAUGGGAGAUGUAGGAAGUGAUGCCUCAUGGGAGAUGUAGGAAGUGGUGCAUCAUGGGAGAUGUAGGAAGUGAUGCCUCAUGGGAGAUGUAGGUAGUGGUGCAUCAUGGGAGAUGUAGGAAGUGAUGCCUCAUGGGAGAUGUAGGAAGUGGUGCAUCAUGGGAGAUGUAGGAAGUGGUGCCUCAUGGGAGAUGUAGGAAGUGAUGCCUCAUGGGAGAUGUAGGAAGUGGUGCAUCAUGGGAGAUGUAGGAUGUGAUGCAUCAUGGGAGAUGUAGGAAGUGAUGCCUCAUGGGAGAUGUAGGAAGUGGUGCCUCAUGGGAGAUGUAGGAAGUGGUGCCUCAUGGGAGAUGUAGGAAGUGAUGCAUCAUGGGAGAUGUAGGAUGUGAUGCAUCAUGGGAGAUGUAGGAAGUGAUGCCUCAUGGGAGAUGUAGGAAGUGGUGCCUCAUGGGAGAUGUAGGAAGUGGUGCCUCAUGGGAGAUGUAGGAAGUGAUGCCUCAUGGGAGAUGUAGGAAGUGAUGCCUCAUGGGAGAUGUAGGAAGUGAUGCCUCAUGGGAGAUGUAGGUAGUGGUGCAUCAUGGGAGAUGUAGGAUGUGAUGCAUCAUGGGAGAUGUAGGAAGUGAUGCCUCAUGGGAGAUGUAGGAAGUGGUGCCUCAUGGGAUAUGUAGGAAGUGAUGCCUCAUGGGAGAUGUAGGAAGUGAUGCCUCAUGGGAGAUGUAGGAAGUGAUGCCUCAUGGGAGAUGUAGGUAGUGGUGCAUCAUGGGAGAUGUAGGAAGUGAUGCCUCAUGGGAGAUGUAGGUAGUGGUGCAUCAUGGGAGAUGUAGGUAGUGAUGCCUCAUGGGAGAUGUAGGAAGUGAUGCCUCAUGGGAGAUGUAGGAAGUGAUGCCUCAUGGGAGAUGUAGGUAGUGGUGCAUCAUGGGAGAUGUAGGCGUGCUGUAGGAGCCCUGGUGGAGAAGAAGAGAAACGAUAAGCUUCGUGUUUUAAAGUAGAGAAGCUGCUGCCUUCAGGCGACGUCGGGAAGUUGGAAAUGUGGCUUGUUUACCUUUUUAUGCUGUAUUCAAUGUCUCGAUGAAGGCUUUUGAUUGUGACCAUUGAUCGAUCAAUACGUUCCUGAACGCAGCAAACGGGGAACGAGCCGAGGGAUCGAUGCUCAGGUGAGUUUGUGUUGCGUUCACUGACCCUAAGACGCAACGUAUUUCCCACUUGCGUUCACUUCCCCUAAACGCAGCCUCGGCAGCUCUGAAAACGUUUACUGCCCACGCACUGCAUUGUGGGAUACGACGAGCGUCUGACGUGCUCUCACGGAAAGGUCAGAGCCGACCAAUGGGAGAGCUCCUCUCAGCCGCACGGCCGGGGAGGAAGUGACGAUGAUGAAGGUGGUGAAGAUGAUGAAGAUGAUGAUAGUGGUGAAGAUGAUGAUGGUGAUGAUGAAACACUAGAACUGAUUGUGAUUGGCCAGCGUAGCGUGACAUCAGAACGCUCUGCUGUCUCUGGAAUCGACCAAUCACAGGACAAUCUCCGUGACCUGCUGCCACCGCCGGGGUUGCUGGGAAACGAUGUUUCCCUUUUUCAUUGUUUUAUUCUGUAGCUCGGGCCUGGGCUCUGAUUGGCUGUUUCUACUUCUCAGUGUCUUCACAAGCGUGACUCGUAUCUUAGCCCCGCCUCCACGCUCUGAUGUCAUCACUCCGUCAUCGUAGUUAUUACAUAAUUAUGAUUGUGUGUGUGUGUGUGUGUGUUUGUUUGUUUGUUUCCGGGUUAAUUUAGAAUCAUAAUCCCAAAUUUGUUUUACGCUAUAAAUAAUUGUUAUCGUUUUUUCUUUUAAUUGUCGGUUAAGUCUUGUUGUUUUUGAGGAGGGGGGGGCGAGGGGGGGGGGGAUUCAAGAACUGAACUAAGCCACGCCCAUUUCACAACCUCUAGACACGAUGACAUAACGGUCUAGCCCUCGUGCUAUUGGCUCACAGCCCCCCAACACACACACAGUUGUUGCUGUUGUUUUUCUGUCUGUUGUUGUUUUUGUUGUAUCAGGAACCUCAAACAACACGACAGCAUCAUCCUGUCAAUAAGAAUAAACAACUAAACCAGA